AUGGAGGAACCUUUGCCGAGCUCCUUCACCGGCUCUCGGUCCGGCUGGAGCCCAGUUCCGCUCUCCUCUGCCCCGCAGCUCCCUGUCCCCUGUCCCCCGCCCCCCAUGGACACCCGGGAGCAGGACGGGGCCCAGGCACCGCCGGAGGGAUGCCCAACAGCCGAGUGGACGGUGUCGGAGGUGGGCGCCUGGCUGGCGGCGCGGAGCGGGGCCGGGGAGCUGGCGGAGCUGGCACACCAACACGCCAUCUCGGGCCGCGUCCUGCUGCGGCUGACGGAGGGGACCCUGCGGCGCAUGGGGGUGUCCCCGCGGAGCCGGCGCCGGGAGCUGCUGCGGGAGCUGCUGCGGCUGCGGCUGCGGCAGGAGCUCCAGGAGCUGCUGAGCAUCGUUGGGGAGUGAAGGCGAUGUCCCUGCGGAUGUCCCGCAGACGCAGAGCUGACACCACCGGAGGACAAAGCAGCAGCUGGAACUGAGCACCCGAGGCAGGAGCGGUGCUGGAGGGACCCCCAGGUCACUGUGUGCCCCC